AUGCCCGCCAACACCCGCAUUCAGUCUUCAGCUUCAAAGCUCCACAAUCUGCUUGUACCGCGGCCUCCAACACCAUGUCUGCUUCCACUGCGCUCUAUAUGGCAGCCGGCUGCGAUUCAUACCCCGAGAAGCGUGCAAGCACGCCUAAACAGCGGCCUGGGCAAAGACUGGAAGGGUACUGGGGCGGAGGAUAAUGCAGUUAACCGAGCAGAAAAAAAUGAUACUACAGACCCAACAACAGAUGCAUCAGCUUCUGUUAUGCAGGACAGGAAGGAGGGCGGGGGUAACGACGCAAAGCCUCAGGGAGCAACAGAAAAGGGAGGUAGUCAGCAUGGAAAGAAGGCGAAGCAGGAACAUCCGAAGGCACCAGAGCCGAUUAUUGGAAUGAAUGAUGAGAGAGGCCAUAAGGGUCAUUAA